AUGACACCAAUUAUACCCGAUGAACAGCUUGUCGGGGCACCUCCAGCCACGAAGGUGCCAUCACUCGACACUGCUGAUCACUAUUUGGCUUCCUCUGCGAAACAAGUCAGGGGUUUCGCACCGGUAAUAGACAUCCCAUGCUCUAUUGAUGGUUCCAACGAGAAAGUCCUCAUCAAGACCUAUGCUCGAUUUGUGUCGGGCUUGACUGGUGCAGAAGAGGUGGCUUUCAUCCUUGUCCGCGAUUCAGGUCCCGACCCAUCAUUGGCCUCCAUGGUAGUUGUCUCGGCCGUGAUUCAUUGGAGCACUGAGCAUGAGGAUGAAGCCAUCUCGGUAAGCUGGGAUGAGUUGGAUAUGUCGUGUUGCCAUGAAAAUGAGAUCCAAUUCGCUCUGGACUUGCGCAAAUCCAGCUCCGGUGACAAUUUUGUGCUGGAAAGACAAGAUUUGUUUGUUCUGUGUAUUGGACCAAGCGCAGUAGCAAACAAAGCUGUAGCUAAUAUCUCCUACCCUUCUCAACACAUUCCUGAACCGGCGGCUGCGCAACUGCUCAAGAUUUUCAUUUCGCAAAUUGUUUCUGGUGUUGAAUCUCUUCAUGAAAUUGGUCCCGAGCUUUCUCUUGUCAAUCACCCCCCUGUGCUGGAACCCCCUGUUCAAUUCAGCAGUAACUGGGAUAUCGCCACCUCGGCGACUCAUCUCCAUACUGGCUUUGAGCAUUGGGCUUCCGCAGCUCCAAACUCCCCCGCCUUGGAUUUCUUCUCGUCUCUCUCAACCAAAGGAAAUCCCACUCGACAUCAGGUCUUGAGUUAUGGGAUGCUCAAUUCUGCGGCCAAUCAUGUAGCUUCCCUCCUGCUUAAACUCGUAUCUCACGACACAAUUGCAGCGGGUCGAUGCAUUCUCCCAGUCUACAUGUCAACCUCUCCCGAGCUUUAUAUCUCUUACCUUGCCAUUCUCAAAGCUGGUCUUGCAUUCUCCCCGCUGCCCAUGGAUGCUCCUCUUGAACGGAUACGCGAGCUCAUUCAGGACAUUAUGCCUCCUGUUGUGCUCGGUAUCGGUGGAAAGCCAGAUGAAUGGGCCAGCCAAAGUAUCCAGACUACUUGGAUUGAUGUCACGGAGAUAUCUAGAUGGAAAACCCUGUCAAACCAAGACAUGUCUGGUGAAGAUUCAGAAUGCAGCUUCCAGCCACAACCUAUUGCCAAUAGUGCGUUGGCUUAUUUGCUUUUCACUAGCGGAUCAACCGGAAGACCUAAGGGAGUCCAAAUUUCUCAUUUGGCAGCCACUUGCUCGAUCGCGUCCCACUCAACAGCCAUUGCUCUUCCAGAUCGGAACGAUGGCCGUUUCCGCUGGUUUCAGUUUGCAGCACCAACCUUUGAUCCUUCCAUUAUGGAAAUAUUUGUCACCUUGAGCAACGGAGGAACGCUAUGCGCCGCACCACGGGACCUGACGUUAACAGACCUGGAAGGGACAAUCAACGAAGCUCAGGCAACCAUUAUGAUGGCCACUCCCAGCUUAGCUGCAUUGUUACGGCCAUCUCGCCUUCAGACGCUGAGAUCCCUUUGGUGUAUGGGUGAAAGGCUCAAUCGAACGGUGAUUGAGAACUUUGGCAUGCGAUCACCAGAUACCCCGUACACGCUAGCCAAUUUUUACGGACCCACUGAAGCUGCCAUCAACUGCACGGUUCUGGCGCCAGUUGGAUACUUAGUUCGGGGAUCAAUCAUCGGUGAAGCCAUUCCAACGUGUUCCUUGUUUGUACUGGACCAUAAGAGCCAAGUACCUAAGGUGAUCCCGACUGGAUUUGUCGGAGAGCUUGCCAUAGGCGGCCCACAAGUUAGCAAGGGGUACAUGCACCGACCUGAAGAGACGGCCAAGGCCUAUGUCUCAAGUGCAGAGUAUGGUCGACUGUAUCGAACUGGUGAUAUGGCGCGGAUUGUUUGGGAAAAGUCUGGCCGCCAGCUUAUCGAGUUCCUUGGGCGAAUCAGCUUGGAUCAAGUCAAACUGAGUGGACGUCGUGUCGAGCUAGGCGAGAUUGAGUCGGUACUAUCCACUGUGCCUGGAGUGAUUGAGCUAGUUGCUGCAAUCACCAAAGUGAGCGAUGCCCGAGAAGGAAGUGAGCAGAUUGUUGCCUGCAUCGUGGCGAAUAUGCAGUCAUCAGAUGAAAGACAGAGACUUGUUGACACUUGCUGCCACAACAGCGACAAGUUCUUGCCCGCCUACAUGCGACCCUCGAGAUACAUCUUCCUAGACAGUCUGCCGCGAUCCAGCUCUGGUAAAGUCGAUCGCAAGAAAGUCCACUCUGAGAUACUGGCAUCAGGCAUAGAUCAAUCGUUCAGUUAUUCAAGUGAGACUCACUGUCUACCAACCACCAUGGACGAGCUGGAUCCCCACUGCGACUCUUUGCAGAGCUCGACUCAGAGUCUUCUCAUGGCAGCGAUUGGCGAGGCCGUCGGCGAACCAAGCUCUGCCAUCAGCCUAGAGACGUCACUUGCAUCGGUUGGACUGGACAGUCUUGGAGCUGUGCGUCUUCUCCAGAAAUUGAGAGAUCACUCCAUCAACGGGCUGGAAGUAGGAGACGUCCUCCAAUCUGGCACUAUCAAAGGGUUGGUAGCCAAGGUUGCGCUCGCCUCUCAACCCCGAGACUUGGACUCUAAGAGCGUUGUGUAUGAAUCGCAACUUCAGAAGGUUCUUGGCUCUUUCGCUGAAAGAAACUUAUCAGGUUGCGCCGAGCGACUUGGAGUCCGCGAGGGCCAAAUUCAGACGGUGCUACCAACUACAGCGACUCAGUCAGGAAUGCUCGCCAGCUUCCUGCGAAGCUCAAACAAGACAAUUGGUUCAACUCCGGCUUAUGUUUACCAUUCAGUCAUGCCAAUUCGUGACGGCAUAGACAUCGGAGAGUUGAAACAAGCCUGGGACACCGUAAUGAGUAGCUACGACUCUUUCAGGACAGUUUUCUGCCAUCUGGAUGAUGACAUGUCUCCUUUUGCUCAGUGCAUCCUCAAGCCGAGGGAUGACUUUGUCAAACCUGCCUGGAGCACAUAUAGCGUUGGUUUGGGAAACCGCGAUUAUCAUGCCACUGUUGAGCGGGCCUGUCGAAACGCCGAAACCCAAAUCGAUAUUGGCAUGAAUGCCUCGCAUAUAUCUCUCGUCUCAUCUGAGACCCAGUCCACUGUUGUACUGAGCAUGUUUCAUGGUAUCUUUGAUGGUGGCUCUCUGCAGAUACUCUUGCAAGAUGUCACCGAGGCUUACGCAAGCAGGCCUGUGCCAGAGCGCACGUCGUUGGAACACAUUGUACAUCAUCACUACUCGGCUGAUUCCGAGGCCACUGCGCGGUUCUGGAAUAAGCAUCUAGAAGGUCACUCUCCAGUCGCGUUCCCAUCACUUACUCCAUGUCGUCCAUCCUCAAGCCCGAAGACAUAUAUGGUCGAGGUCAACUCUCAUUUCGGGUGCAGGGAGCUAAAGGCAGCAUGCAAGAGCAUGGGUGUGACGCCUCUGUCUGUCCUCCAAGCGGCAUGGGCUUCCAUAAUGCUGGGAUAUUCUGGAACACCAGAACAAGAUAUCGUGAUUGGAAGUGUAGUGUCCGGGAGACUGGAUCCUCGGACUGAGAACUGUAUCGGCCCUACAUUCACCACCAUCCCCAUCCGCCUCAAACUAGACGACGGCAAAUCCGAAUGGACCAACCGCUCCGUCGCAGAGUCUCUCGUAUCAUCCAAUGCUGCAGCCUUGUCCCAUCUUCAACCUCGCCUUGGCUCGGUAGUCACAACAGACGGUCGGCUUCCUUACGACACACUCCUGGCUUACCAGGACUUCAACGUCGGGUCUGCAUCUGAGGGGCUCUGGACCUCGAUUCAUCAUCCUCCCAUGGCAAAUGACUUCAAAGUCAUGGUGGAAGCUUGGCCGGGAUGUGACUCGCGGCUAGUACUAAGGGCUACUUUCAAUGACGAAUGCAUGCAUUGUGAUGCUGCUGAGCUGAUGCUUCGUGAGAUGAGCCUCAUUAUCUCUCGCAUUCUCGAGCAACCGGACGAGAGCUUCCUAGGAAACUGCUUUAUGAGUGAUUCGUCUCUACGGUCCUGCAUCGAUCCAGCUGAGUCUCGGGACCUUGCGCCAGAUACCCUCAUUCACUCUCAGUUUGAAGCUCAUGCAAAGUCUAACCCUGAUAACCAUGCUCUGGUUUUUAGAGGAAACCUACUUGACGAAGGCAGCCCAGCUAACGUCUGCUGGACUUAUGCGGAGCUCAAUGCGAAAGCUCAGUCCCUUGCAGACUAUAUGGUAUCUAUCUUGGGACCAUUGACAGGGACUAUUGUUCCUAUCCAUAUCGAGAAGAGCCCAGCGCUAUACGUGGCCAUCUUGGGUACUCUGAAGGCUGGUGGUGCUUGGUGCCCUGUCGAUGUGUUUUCCCCGGCCCAGCGUCGCCACGAGCUCAUUGUUCGAACUGAAGGACGGCUCGUGCUAAUUUCGUCUGUUGACUCGAUUCGAAUGGAGGAGGCUCUACCCAACGGCGUUAUACCCAUCGAUGUGUUCCCUUUCACGCGAGGAUCUGAGCGCGAUAUGAAUGCCCGAGCUAGUGACGCACCCAUCACUGAUCCCACUAAUAUGGCGUAUAUGAUCUGGACGAGUGGUACCACUGGUGCUCCGAAGGGUGUACCUAUCAACCAUUCGUCUGCUUAUACGAGUAUCAAUGCUCUGAUUGAAGCUAUUCCCGGAACGCGAGAUGGACAGCCCGUGCGAUGCCUCCAAUUCUCACAACCUACAUUCGACGUCUCCAUCCAGGACUUGUUUUUCACAUGGAGCUCAGGCGGAGUGUUGAUUUCUGCGCCCCGAGCGGUGAUGCUUGGUUCAUUCGUGGAACUCGCCAACGUAACCGGCGCGACUCAUGCUCAUCUUACCCCUACGUUCUCGGCUGGCCUUCAGAGAAGCAGUUUCCAGACUCUACAGACAAUCACCAUGAUUGGCGAGAAGCUUCCGCAGCCCGUCGCUGAUGAUUGGGGACAGAACAUGAGGGCUUUCAACACAUAUGGUCCGGCCGAGGCAACGAUUGUUUCUACCCUUCGCGAGUUUGGGAACGAGCACAAGAACAUCAAGAGCGGAAACAUUGGCUGGCCCUUGAAGUCGGUUUCCGUAUUCGUAACCCGCGACAAGAAGUUCGUUAUGAAGCAUGCUGUCGGAGAGUUGGCACUAGGUGGUCCCCAGCUGUCUCCUGGGUAUUUGAAACAGCCCGAGACAAACAAGGAAAAGUACGUGUGGAAUGAGGAAGCAAACGAUACUCUCUACUAUACGGGAGAUCUUGUUCGCAUGCUUUCGGAUGGUUCGCUAGAAUACAUCAGUCGAACAGAUGACCUUGUCAAACUUGGCGGCAUUCGUGUUGAGCUUAGUGAGAUUAGCUUCUCUCUACGCCAGUGCCACCCUUUAGCCGAAUCCAUUGAAACCAUGGUCCUCAAUCGUCCUGACCGACCGAAUGACGCCGUUGUAGCUUUCAUCGCUGCACUACAAGCUGUCCAGACUGGCGAUGCAGUACCGACCAUCCUCUUGAACGACACUGCGAUUGGAAUCGCUCGCGCGGCAAUCAGGGAGGCAUCUAUCACUCUACCAGAUCAUAUGAAGCCGUCUACUUUCAUUGUUGUUCCGAGCAUCCCAAAAACGCAGUCAGCCAAGGCAGAUCGACGCGCCCUUCAGGCUCUGUAUGUUGGCUUGGACGUGGACCGCUGGGAGAAAGCUUGCAAUGUUCGGGAAGAGAAUCCCGAAAAGCCAACUGAUAAGAUUGAUCAUGAAGUGAAGGAUAUUGUCAUUCGGAACAUUUCACUGCUGUCCAAUAUCUCGUCGGCCUCUUUUACCGAGUCGAGCAGGCUUCGCAGUUUGGGCAUCGACUCCAUCAGAGCUAUACGUCUCGUCUCACGCUUGAACGAAGCUGGAUACAGCCUCCCCGUCGUGGACGUCCUUCAAUGCGAAACUGUCAGAGAUCUGGUACUAGUGGCUAGUUCAUGGUCCAAAGCUUCACAGGCAAGAAACCUGCUUGAUCUCGAGCAAUUCAAUCGGGAAUGGCAACGAGAAGUAUCGGCCUUGAUACCAGGGAGCUUCUUCGUCUGCCCCACAAGGGCAAUUCAAGAAAGCUUUCUUGGUGAAACACUGACUACUUCUGAGAUGUAUUGGAGCCAUCAUUCCUUCAGUCUUCACUCAGAUGUCGACAUUAGCAAACUCAAGCAGGCAUGGGCAACUGUCUGUCGGGGAAAUGAGGCUCUUAGGACCUGUUUUAUUCCAGUUGCCGCCCUUCAGAAGCCUAUCCUUGGUUGCAAAAAUCAUUCCGGUAUCCUCCAGGUUAUUUUAGAGCAACAUGAAGUCGACUGGGACUAUAUUGAAUGCAAAAGCAAGAGCUAUCAACAGAACUUGCAUCGAAGAAUUGUCGCACUCCAGGACCGACAUCAGUCAAGCUACUUCCAGCAUCCACCGUGGGCCAUCACGAUCAUGGACGAUUGUCAGGAGAGAACUAUGAUAUUUUCUAUUCAUCAUGUCUUGUAUGACGGCACGUCGCUUGGAUACAUCAUGAAUGAUGUCUGCUGUGCAUACGGCGCUGAUGCACCCAACAGACCUCAACUCCGGAAUGCUCUCUCCCUCCUACUCCCAAGCAAGAAAGCGUCUCUCGAUGCGCAGGAAUUCUGGGAACAGGAACUUUCCGAUUAUGCCGACUUUGAUCUACCUUCAUGGCCGGACCUCACUGGAGAGAGAACUAGUCCCGAGCGGGGCAAGAUUCGCAGAUUCAUCACGGAGACAGUUCCAUUGUCGGUUCCCACCGCUCAACUCGAGGACAAGACUGCUAAACUCGGUGUCUCAUCCGUUGCAUCUGUUGUGCGGGCAGCCUUUGGACAUGUGCUAUUGAGUUACCUGGGAAGCUCCGGUGUAGUAUUUGCAGAGACACUAUCGGAUCGUGUGUUGGAUGCAGAUGUCGAUCGUACCAUAGGACCUUUCAUUUCAGUCUUGCCCAUGCCCUUCAACUCAAAGGGCACAGUGAGGGAGGUUCUAGCAGAACAGCAUCACUUGUCAACGAAGGCCAAGAAGCAUCGUCAUAUCCACGCACAAGUCAUCCGCAAGCUCUUGAAGAAAGAAAGAGGGGAGUCUCUGUACCCCGGUGUAUUUACAUUCCAUGCCACCAACGAAGUAGAUCUCAUGGCUGCCUCAGCUGGAACUAUCUGGGAUGCCAAGGUAGAUGACUUUGGGCUGUCUGUUGAGCACCCCAUGGCUUUGAACGUGUUCCGGGAACCCGAUGGUACGGUUAUCCUUGAAGCAUCGUCCUUGAACACCAUUAUGGGUUCGAAGCAAUUGGCCAUCUUCACCCGCCAGAUCGAUGCCCUUGUUGGCGCAAUGCUCUACAACCCGGAUGUGCCUCUCAAAUCUCUUCCUAGUUACAUCGAAAAGGGCCUGUUGUCAAUCUCGGCCCCUAGCCCAAGCGAUGCCGUGAAGGAGUCAGCAAACAUGAGUCCAGUACAUUGGGUUGAGAUUAUCGCUGGACAGCAUCCUGAGUGGACAGCAGUUGAGGAGACAUUGUCAAUUACAGCAGCCGGAGUUAAGCAGCUUUCGAUGAGCUACGGUGAGCUAAACGCUUCUGCAAAUCGAGUUGCAGUUUAUCUUAACCACUGUGGGAUCAAAAACCGGACGGUUGCUCUGUGCUCUCAACGAAACCUUGCCUCCUACCCUGUACUAGUUGGAAUCAUGAAAUCUGGCAACUCUUACCUUCCUAUCGACGAAGGACUUCCAGAUGAUCGCAAAGCAUUUCUGAUCGAGGAUGGUGAUGCUUCUAUCUUGUUCACUGAGACGGCUUUUGCUUCCACCUUUCAGGGCGCACCGAGCCAAUGCCGAAUCGUAUGCAUUGAUGAGCCAUCAGUCCAACAAGAGUUUCUUGCUUUCUCGUCCGAGAACAGAACCUAUGUUGCCAACCCUGAAGAUACUGCAUACAUUCUUUACACUUCUGGAUCGACCGGAAAGCCCAAGGGUGUAAUGAUUUCUCGAGCCAAUCUGUCUUCUUUCAUCGAGUCUCUUUCCGAGUUCGUCUGCCGGAUUGCGCCAGCUACUCUCGAGCUGGGUGGCAAGGGACGCUGGUUAGGCCAGGCCAGCCGAGCCUUUGAUCCCCAUAUAGCUGAGAUGUUCUUCCCAUGGCGCCACGGCAUGGCAACAUCUACUGGUGCACGGCCACUGCUGAUGGACGACCUGAGAUUGACGCUUGACAAGUUGGAGAUCACCCAUGCUGGUUUCGUUCCGUCCCUGCUCGAUCAGGCCGAUAUCCGCCCGGAACAUUGCCCAAGUCUUAGACUCCUGAGUGUCGGGGGAGAAAAGAUCUCCCAGAGAGUCUUGGAUACAUGGGGCUCUUCAAGUCAAGUGGCAAUCAUGAAUGCUUACGGGCCUACUGAGCUGACGAUUGGAUGUUCAUUUGCACCGGUCCAUAAACACACCACCCUGCGCAACAUUGGACUUCCUUUGACUUCAUGUGUUUGUCAUGUUCUUCUUCCCGAUACCCCCGACUAUGCUCUCCGUGGGCAGACAGGUGAGCUUUGCUUCACCGGAGAUCUUGUUGGGAAAGGAUAUUUGAAUAGACCCGAUGCCAAAGGGUUUGUUAUAGGGCCUGACCAAAAGAAAAUGUACCGGACUGGUGAUGUCGGAAGAAUAAUGGCAGAUGGCAGCAUUGAGUACCUUGGGCGUGGUGAUGAUCAGACCAAGAUUCGUGGCCAACGGCUCGAGUUGGGCGAAGUCUCCGAGGUUCUGAGGACGUCUUCCAGAGCCUCGAUCGACGUCGUCACUUUUAUUGCGAAACACCCUGGCCUUGCGCGCCAGCAGCUUGUCUCCUUCAUCGCACGCCUGGGAUCUCAGAGAUGUAACGCAAAGGAUCCCAUCUCCAUCAUCCCAGCUGACAUCAGCACAUUAUGCAAGGAUCUCCAAGACACCUGUCGCCAGAAGUUGCCCAGUUACAUGGUGCCGGAAAUUGUACUUCCUGUAAACCGCAUACCCUUCGCUGCCAUGUCGGACAAGGUAAACAGCAAGCUACUGCAAGAGCUGUUCGCAAGUCUCCCCUUGUCCGACGUUUUCUGUGGAAACGAGGCGGCGCACGAUGGUCUGAACAAGGACAGAGAAUUGACAGCAGAAGAAGAGGCUGUCGCUGAUGCCAUCUACCAAACACUUGCAAUCGACCGGUCCGUGAUCUACCCACAAACCAACAUCUUCGAGAUUGGCAUCGACAGCUUAAGUGCAAUCAAUCUCUCUGUCCGCCUUCGACAUAUUGGCUUAUCCGCUUCCGUGGCACUUGUUAUGAGCAACCCUGUUGUGGAACAACUCGCUCGCCUUCCAUGGACCUCAAACCCACCGUCAGAAGUAGUUUCAUCUUCAGAAGUGCAGAGUAGACUCUCAAAUCUGGAAUCCCAGUUCUUGGAAAGUCAAACACCCAACAUGAAUGAGUUACCCGUGGCAUCCGUGAGACCUUGUUUGCCCCUUCAAGAGGGUCUUUUGGCUCGAUCCAUGAAUAGCAAUUCAGGUCUCUACGUCAACCAUAUCGUGUUGAAGAUGAACCCUUCUGCUGAUCCAGUCCGUCUCCAAAACGCAUGGCAGGAUACUGUCAAGGAAACUGAAAUAUUGAGAACGGUUUUUGUUCCAUUACAGUCAGAGAUUGUACAGGUCGUACUUGAGCCUAACUACAGCGGCGACUGGACUGAGAGUCAAUACGAUGACCUGGAGGUGGCCAUGGCAGACUUCCAGGAUCGCCAGAACGCAAUUGGUUGGGAUAUUACGAACAACAUGAUGUCUAUUCCACCUCUUCGCAUCCAGCACGCAGUUACCACGGUUUCAAGGCAACCACUUGCGUUAUUUAUCUCGCUACAUCACGGUCUCUAUGACGGCGUAUCACUUAGUAUGUUGCUCCAAGACUUUGCCGCGCGAUAUCUACCAGAUAUGGCGCCGCCUGAGCGAGGAUCACCUGAGGCCUUCAUCAAGCAUGUCUAUUCCCAGAAUAUCGAAAAGUCCGAGUCGUACUGGCGUCAGACACUUGCUGGUUGCAGACCAACGAUUUUCAAGAAACCCGUAUCAGACUCUACUCGGCAUGUCCACUCCACGAUGUUGUCGCCAUCUCUCCCUGAGCUCGAGAGCUGCGCGGCCCGCUUGAAAUCCACACUAUCUUCACUAGCUCAGACGGUCUUUGCUCUGACUUUGGCCGAUGCAGUAAGCGCAUCUGAUGUGACCUACGGUGUUGUACUUUCUGGAAGGGUGGUACCAGUCGCAGGAGCAAACUCUGUUCUUCUACCAUGCAUUGCCACUAUCCCUGCCCGACUCAACAUGGAAAACCUAUCUUCCGUGGAAGAUGUUGUAAAACAUGUGCACAAGGGUAAUGCUGAGGCCCUAGAUUAUCAACAUACAUCUCUGCGACAUAUCCAGCGGUGGAUCAAGGCAGAGGGCCCCAUCUUUGACUGCCUCUUCUCGUUCACCAAAUCUGCCCCGGGUCAGAGUCAUGGGUUAUGGGAAGAGAUGGAAAGCAACAUGCCUUCAGAGUAUCCUCUUGCCCUAGAGAUGGAGGCGGAUGAGAAGAACAAGCGCGUUCUCCUGACAUGUGGUUUCACAUCAUCUUUUGGCCAGACAGAGGAUGCCCAAGAUAUUAUGGAAAAGGCGAACUUGAUUCUAUCCGCCUUGGUAUCGAAUCCAUCUAUUUCCCUUAAUUCUCUCAAUCUUUCUUGGUCAAGUGCUACUGCCAUAACGGAAAUCAAGAAAGACUGGGAGGUUCGUCCGUGGUCGAACCUAGAGGUUAAGAUUUGCGAUCUUGUCAAGCGUUUCUGUGGUCUGGAAGGCCAGCAGAUAUCGAGGAACGCAUCAUUUUUGAGUCUUGGACUGGAUUCCGUAACCGCCAUACGAUUCUCCAGCCAGCUUCGCGAUGCGGGGGUCUCUGCUUCGCCGGCUGAAGUGAUGCGUUUCUCUUGCAUUGGAGCAUUGGCUCACAGUGUUGUUGAGAAGGCCGCAGCUGAGGUUCCGAGCCCGCCCCGGUCCAAUUAUGAUGACGAUAUCCUGCUCGACGAACUUACAUCUCAAUUGGAACCGCUCAGUUCAGACGACACAGUUGAGUCAGUCUUCAAAUGCAGUCCACUACAGACUGCUAUGAUCACUCAAACCAUUGAAUCUAAAGGGAUUGUUUAUGUUCAUCCUCACAUCGUAAGGCUCACGGAGUCGACUGGUGUUGAUCGAUUGAAAGAAGCUUAUCGACUUAUGGUCAUGGCCAAUGAUAUCCUGCGCACAUCAUUCCAUCCCGUUCCCGAGUUGGAGAUGGACUUUUACUGGGUUGGCGCCGUUCACAGCGACUCUCCAGCUAGUUGGCAGGAAAUAUCUGUUCCACCGGGUACCAACAUCGCUCAAGCGGUCAUGCAACAGGUGAGAUUGGAUACACAAUCGGCCUUUUCAACACCACCAAUUCAACCUGUGAUUGUCAGUGAGGGUGAAGAAAGCCUUCUGGUUAUAAUCAUGCAUCACGCACUUUAUGAUGGUGCCUCGCUGCCUUUUAUCUUCAACGACCUAGCUUCAGCCUACCAAGGUAUCUCGCUACCAAUGCGACCACAAUUUGCGACCGCAGUCCGUUCCCUAUCACAAGACCAGACUAAGGCUUGUCAAUUCUGGACCAGCACUUUCGAAGGCUAUGAAGCCAAACCGCUGCCAUCAUCCUCUCAUCACCAAUCAUGCUCAGAGAUGUUCUAUUCUGAAGCAAAGGUUGAGCUUGAUAUGACGGAAAUACUCGAGAGAUGCAAAGAGAUAGAAGUGACGGUGCAGAGUGUUGCAAUUCUUGCCUAUGCCAAGGUUCUCGCCAAGUUGACAGGGAAACGAGACAUAGCAUUUGGUCAAGUCCUCGCUGGGCGCUCAUCGUUGGGACUCGAGGCUGAACACGUAGUUGGACCUCUAUUCAACACAGUGGCGAAGAGGGUGACGCUUGAUCCUAAAUUCAUCAGUAAUCGCAACAAAGUUCAGAUGAUACAAAAGUUCACUACUGAGGCACAGGCCCAUGAGCAUGCCCCUUUGCACGAGGUACAGAAGUCUCUGAGAUGCAAGGGGGUUCUAAGUGCGGCUACAUUAGUCGACACAUUGUUUGUGUUCCAGAAGAGUGUUCGGCCAUUGCAAGAUGACCUGACGGAUAGCAAAAUUUGGAUGCCUUAUGUCACGGAUGACUACAUUCCCAAAUCCGAGUACAGGAUGAAUACCGAGGUUGAACAAACAGACAAAGCAAUCACGGUUCGCGCCUCGUGCCAAGGAGAAUUCAUGGCUAAAAGGGAUCUCGACCGGGCUCUCAAGGACUUCAGUCAAGCAUUCUGCGAUAUUAUUCAGCAUCCCUUACGAUGUGUGACAAUAUUUCCAGACGAGCUUCAGAGCUUACCCCUCAGCUUUGGGUCGUCUUCUGACAGUGCUGUCUCGGUGAUCAGGACACCAGGGCCGUCUCGUGAGCCUGUCAUCCGAGACAUAUUGUCGAAAGUUUCCAAAGUGUCCAUUGAGGCUAUUCAACCAGAUACAAGCAUCUUCAGCAUUGGGUUGGACUCACUUUCUGCGAUCCGGGUUGCAUCUAUGUGCCGCGCGGCCGGUUUCAAAGCUGGGGUUUCUGACAUCCUUCAGGGAAACACUCUCCGUGGCAUAUGUCUACGCAUCCACGAUAUGCCACAGGAGAACACCAGUAAGCAGUCACUUAUCAAGGACUAUAGAAGUGUCAAGAAGGAUGUGAUUGUGCAGUUGGGAAUGAAGCCAAAUGCGAUUGACAAAAUCCUUCCCUGCCUCAGUGGCCAAAUGUAUCAUCUUGCUUCAUGGCUCCAGACAGGGCAGACACUCUUCGAGCCCGCAUGGCCAUUUUCAUGCUCAGAGCGCAUCGACAUGGAAACUAUGAAGGACGCUUGGUUUUUACUACGCGACAAUAAUCCCAUUUUGAGGACUUGCUUUUAUGCUAUCUCGCCUUCUGAAGUCGUUCAGAUCGUCUUGAGCGAAUGUGACCGCAACGACGGGACAUUUCAGGUCAUAACCUCUGCGGAAAGUCUAGAAAAUCUCGCCAUAGCUCAGGCACGAGAGGCUGCGUUGAAUCCGUCAUCCUUGAAGACACCGCCUGUACGUCUUCUCCUUCUCAAGGGCGCCGACAGAGAUGGAAUCCAUGUUCUCAUGAACCAUGCCAUAUAUGAUGCAUGGACGAUGCCUCUUUUUGUUAAUGAACUUACCAGUCAUUACCGCAGAGUAAAGCCGACAUCCAGACCCAGUUUUCCUUCAUUUAUUGAGUUCACAUUGCAGUCAUUGGAGGACCUGGAUGAGGCUACCUAUUGGCGCUCGGCAAUUGGCCACAGCGUUCCCACCCUCAUUAAACCUUCUGACAGCGUCAAGGUUAAAUAUGAGAUGUCUCAAAAGAACAGCCAGUUGUUUGUUGGUGUUUGGGAGGCAGUUAAGGAUUUUGGUCAUUUGGAUAGAGUCUGCCGAUCCUCAAAUGUCUCUUUUCAAAGCAUUGUCAUCCUCGCAGUCUCUCGUAUUAUUGCUCGACAUACUGGUCUGUCAAGCCCAACACUGGGUCUAUACCAGACUGGUCGAUCAGCUGCUUUUAACAAUAUCGAUCAUAUGACGGGCCCUUGUCUGAAUGUCACUCCUCUCACCAUUAAAGAUGUCUUCCUUGAGGGGGAGGCUGAGUCUCUUCGAGUUGGUGAAAAGGCCCGAUCGAUCCAGGCUAUACUAGCAGAACGAGUACCGUACGAACAAAGUUCAUUACGUGAUAUUCUAGUCUCUUGGAGAGAAGGCACUGAGUAUACAUCUUUGCAUUUGUUUAAUGUGUGGUUGAACCUACUUUGGAUGCAACCCAUAUCCCAAGCUACGGAAACCGAUCCAGAGUCAAACCAACCGAAGAGCUUGUUGGAGCAUCUCCCGAUAGGUGUACCUACCGACUUUAUACCAUCAGAGCCCUUUUACGAUAAGGAUAGCUCGGGCACGUCUAUAUCCAAGCUCGAUAUAUCCUACUUGCCUGAAGAGAAUGUUUACAUUGAUGUUGCACCUGAUAUCCUAACAGACACAAUUGGGUUUGGUGUCCGCGUGCAAGGACGACUAAUGGAUAAGGAGGAAGCCCGAGAUUUAGUAGAGCGUAUAGGAAAGGAAAUUACAGCACUUGUGCAGGGACUGGAAUAG